AUGUACAACACGAUGACCCGCGCCCAAAAUACCUUUGGCUUUUUCACGUCGGUAGCCUUCUUCGUCGCCGCCAUCAUUGCCCUCUCCGAUCUCGUUGCCCCUCGCGCCCCCUCCGUCGGUUCCCUCAAGACGACAAACGUCCAAGUCGUCAAGGGCCGGCCCCAUUACUACUCGAGCAAGAAGGAAGAAUAUGCCAUCAUCAAGUUCUCCCUCGACGCCGACCUCUCAGACCUCUUUACCUGGAACACGAAGCAGGUCUUCGUCUACGUCACGGCCGAAUGGCCCGAUAGCUCCAAGGCUGCCGCCGGCACCAAUGCCACUAACCAAGCCGUCAUAUGGGAUCAGAUCAUCACCUCGCCCAGUGCCGAUCACCUCGCCAACAUUGGUCCUGCUGCCAUGCGUAAGCUGAAGAAGAGCGCCGAGGGCAAGAGCAUCGACCCCAACCGUGGCAAACUCCGCAUAAAGAACCAAAGACCCAAGUACCAAAUCACUCAUCCUUCGAGCAAGAUCGCCGAGACCGACAAGGUCGUCUUGAAGCUGCACUAUAAUGUCCAGCCGUGGGUUGGCAUCUUGACAUGGAACCAGAACCGGGAUAUUGGCGGCUGGAAGGCCCUCAAGGGAGGUGUGAGUAAGGCCUUCAAGCUUCCUGCUCUCAAGGUUAAGGAGAACAAAGACAAGAAGAAGCCUUAA